AGGGCUUGGGUGGGAUUAGACUUCUGUCUCCCCUCCUGGGGUUGUGUAGUAAUUUUUAUUGUCAGAAGGGGGUCACGGUGCAGUGAAGUUGAGAUUUUGCUACCCACACACUUUAUUUCUUGUCUGCAUUAGACUCUGCAAUAUGUGCCAAAGCAUGAUUCGUUAUUUCAAGUGUAGCUGCACCCUUAGCUCGGGGCAAAGACAUUUUCAGCUCAUGUUAUGCUAUAGAGGAGAAAUUAGAUCUGUUUCUUGCACAAAAGCGGAAGGGGUUGCUUGUAUCUGUGCUCCAGCUUGAAAAACGUUUUCAAGGGAUCCUUCAAGGUGAUAGGUGCUAUGUAAAAGAAAGAGAUUUUUCCCAUGAUAUACAACUUUCCCUAAAAGAGCCAGCAAUCUCACUCUCUAAAUAUAUGUUAUUUUUUAUGGUACCUUCCCAGAAGUUUGUUUUUAACUUGUUUCUUCCCUUCCAUGUUAAGAAAAUUUUGAGUGCUCAAAUUUAGUGGCUGUGAUCGGAAGAUGUUUCUGAAAAAUGGUAUAAUUAUGGGUGGUCCUGUAAAAUAUUUGUGUUUUACCACAGAGCUGAGAUCUCACUUAGUUGAAAGAUUCCUGACUGUGAUCCCAAUCUUGCAGUUAGUUCCAUAUGAAUGCCUGUGCUGGCAAUGAGUUGGUUGUAAACUUGGGUCCUAAAUGUAUUUAGACGUCUAACUAUAACUUUUUUACUCAUUAUCAUUAAAAUUAAGUUUUAAUAUUUGAUGUUUCCUUUAAAGGCAUCAACCUGAAAUUUGAGCCAGUUUUAAAAAAAUAGUUAAAUAUACUUUUAGGAACCAUAUCUGUUCAAGAAUCCCAUUGCUAUUUUUUCGCAUUUUACAAGCACAUUUUUCUAUAUUUUUAAAAUAAAUAUUUAACAGUUGUUCUGUGAAAAUGCUACAUAACCAGAAAGGGUAAUUAUGAUCCUGGCCCUACAAUGUGAUGCACAUGGGCUGACUUGUCAUCAUGGAUCUCAUUGCUGGAUUGAGGUUUAAUUGCCUACAUGUGCAAUACAAUGCACAAAAUAAACUGAAAAAUUUUUGUUCUCUAAUCUUUUAAGUAUGGCUUGCUAUAGCAUAGCAAGUAUAUGUUACUUGUAAAAAUUGUAGGUUAAAAAUAAUUCAGACAGAAGUAAAUUCAGGACCUUUUUAAAUUUUGCAAAAUAAUCCUUAGGUAUUAACCUAAGUGAAUUACUAGUAGCAAUAGGAAAUGGCAUUGGUUGGGUGAGGAACAACCUUUGUAAUUGUAGAAUUAUGAAAAUGAUUGACUGUAUUUUUGACUAUUACAGGUAUUUUUGUAUGUUAACUCAAAGGAGAAAUGUUUGAAUUGAAUUCUCACAUAUUGAAUGGGAGGCUGCUUCAUGAUUUAAAAAAAGCAAAAGUGAAAUGUAAAACUACUGAUUUAAAAGGAAAAUGUUUGUAUAACUUAAAUAGCAAUGAUGCUACCAAAAACAGCUAAAGGAUUUUUUUAAAGACUUUUGUAAUGUUCUUGUCACAGAACUAAAUGUGCUUUUGACUUGAGUAGUUGAACAAUUUGAAACGAUAUAUUGUGUUUUCCUGUCAGUUUUCCUAUAUUCUACUUAGAAAUGGAGUUAAAACAGCAUAAACAAGUUAAAUCAAUCCAAAUUUCAGAAAUAUGUAUCUAAUCUGUUAGUUGUUUAAAUUGUUGAGAUUAUAAUGUGAGAUUCUAUGUUCCAUUGUGCAGCAGAGGGGAACAAAAUGGCAGAAAUAAUACUGGGGAAAGGCGGAAGACAUAUUGACCAUGUGAUAUGUUGCACAUUUAAUUCUCACACCAGACCACUUACACUCCCCCUACAUUUCUGUAGCAAAAAGAUCUCGAAAGAAGCCACUUCCUAGUUAGUCACAUAAUGGCCUUUAAACACAUACCACAAAAAGACUGGUAUAGAAUUCUGGGUGCAGAACCAUCAGAAAACCUGACUGAACUGAAACAGAAAUAUCAGAAGCUGGUAUUAUUAUAUCAUCCAGACAAACAGAGUGCAGAUGUGCCAGCAGGAGAAGUGGAGGAGCGGGUGCAGAGGUUCAUCGAAAUUGAUCAAGCGUGGAAAAUUCUAGGGAACGAAGAGACAAAAAAAGAGUAUGACCUACAGCGCCAUGAAGACGAUCUAAUGCAAACAUGGCCAGUGGAUGCUCAAAUUUAUCUUGAAGAUAUGUCCUGGAAUAAGGGUGAAGAAUGUUAUACACGCUUAUGCCGGUGUGGUGGGAAGUAUACUGUCUCCAGAAAUGAAGCUGAAGAGGUUUCCUUGGUUUGCUGUGAUACAUGUUCAUUAAUUAUAGAGAUCCUUCGAUGAAAUAACAGUUGUUCCACUUGCACGUGUUGGUUUCAUUCAGCUGAAUAGUCAGUGGACAGAAUCUGUUAGUAAAUGUUUCAGGGAAAAGGUGCACUAGCACACUGUCAGGACUGAAAAGGAGGGCUUAAAUCUAUUUUCAGGUUUUAACCAGAAGACCUUAAACAAAAGAGCUGUAAGUGGUUCAGUUAAUCAAAUUAAACACAUUUCUGUACUUAAUAGAAUUUGAACUGUCCUGUGAAAA